AUGGGUUGUCACUCCUUUGCAUCGCUCGUGGUUAUUGUCGCAACCAUUUUCCUUCUGCAGGUACACUGCAGCCCCAUCAUAUCUCACGUUCGCGGUAUCUGCGCCACUGAGAAUCCAGACGCGUCUUUCUUAAAUUCACUCCUUCAAGUCAAAAGCGAUGAGGCCCGAUUGAUUCCUGCUGGGUCGGAGGCUCGUCAGAGCCCCAUAGAGAUCGAAACAUGGUUCCAUAUCAUCAGCAGCAGGUCAGAAGUGAGCCAGGUCUCUGAUGACAUGAUUAAUUCUCAGCUUGCUAUCUUGCAAAAUGCAUACGAAGAUGCCGAUAUCACUUAUCGGCUCCGAGGUAUCACCCGCCAUGUCAAUGAUCUUUGGGCCCAAAACGGUGACGAUCUGGGAAUGAAGCAAGCAGUGCGACAGGGAACCUACCAAACCUUGAACGUGUAUUUCCAAACCGAUCUUCGAGCCUCUGUAGGACAAGACGGACGCAUCGACAAUGGCGGAACCAUCAAGCCCAAAGACCUCGCUACUAGUGUCUUGGGCUUCUGUACCUUACCCGAUCCGCAAGUAAAUGCAUCAAGCUCACCCACCGACUAUGUUAAGGAUGGUUGUAACAUCUUAGCCAAAACGAUGCCUGGCGGGUCACUGGAUCUAUACAAUCGCGGCGGAACCGCUAUUCACGAGAUUGGCCACUGGAAUGGCCUCUUGCAUACCUUCCAGGGCGAGUCAUGCUCUGGAGACAACCCUGGAGACUAUAUUCCCGAUACACCACAGCAGUAUUCCCCUACGGAUGGAUGCCCAGUUCGAAGAGAUUCGUGUCCUAGCCUCCCAGGAGUCGACUUGGUCCACAAUUUCAUGGACUACUCAUCUGAUGUCUGUUAUGAGAGCUUCACCCCGGGUCAGAUCCAACGGAUGAGGAGUAUGUGGGCCGCAAUGCGCGCAGGCAAAUAA